UCCGGUAGUCACGAAUAGUCAUCGCCGUAAUUCUUUGCUGAUCCCGCGCAGUAGCGGUGUUUAUUUACGUUCGCCAUUGCGACGUCAGUCGAAGCGAUUGAUCGUGGAUUGAUUCACGCGCGCCCGAGAUACGGAGACGCGAUCGUACCCUUCGAGAGUCUGUGAGAUCUCGCCAGUCGAGAAUCGUGAACGAGGGAGAGAGCUCGAGGAAACGAGGACCAGGAUUGUUGGAAACGACUGGAAACGACGAGAAGUGGAAUCGUACGUCGUGUGCGUCGUACGUCGAGUAAGAUCUGUCACGUACGCGCGCCAUCGUCAUCAUCGCCGUCGUCGUCGCGUUGUUGUCGCGCGGUUGCAUCGUGUGUCGUCAUCGUCGCCGAGGCCGCGGGGCUCUAACCUAGCCGAGGCUCCCGUCCGCCGUUUCCCCGCCGCAUCUCCGCCUGUCCCCGCCGGACCACGCAGCCAUCGCGCGCGCACGGCGCGCCCGUCGGCCCGAUGCUACACCGCCCGCGCUGACGGCAGGAUUGACAUCGAGUAUGGGCGACGAGGACGACGUGCUGCCGGCGCGUCUACAGAGGCUCGAGAUCGACCGUCGUUCGACAAGUUGUCCACACAUCGCAAUGGCAGACAAAUCGAAGACGAUGAAUUUAUUCAGGAUAUUCGACGAGAAUUCCAACAGCAGCUGCUUAUUUCGAAGGAGAUCCAUGCCUAACAAACCUACUAUGUUCCCAGUCAACCCGAGAGGUAUCAAGAGUACAACGAAUUUCAAGCCGUCUAAGAACGAGAGAACGGUCGAGAAGACCAGGAGAAGCACCAUCCUCAGGGAUGCCAUUCUAAAGUUAAGCGCUCCGGGGACUAGCGGUCGUAGUGAUAACACAGUGGAUACGCUGUUCAAGGACACAUGUAAGCUCAGUAUUUCCAGUAAAAAUUCCAAACUAAUCGACCACCAUUCAGUCAUGAAGGAUUUCAAGGCGCUGAAAAUCAGUAAAGACAAUAGACAAGUCAAGGACGACGCUAGCAUUCAGGAUGACGACUGCGAGGCCACGGGCAGUUUCCAUCGUGCUCGUAGCAACACGAUGCCGAACUUGAAGAGAGGACCCGGACCCGGGGGCGGAGAACAGCGGACGACAACGGGCAGCAACGGACAAUCGGAUGCCAGUGGCGGCUCGCCUGGCCAGCAACAACAGUCAAGUUCACCGAACACCUGUUCGGUCCAGGCGCGAAUAUCGCCGCCCUCGUCGAGCGACGUGACAAUCGGCGAACUCGCCGGUUACUUCGAGGAGUUCGUUCAUAUUCCAAAGAAGAUGUCGCAUAUGGCGGAGAUGAUGUACACUUAAUGAUCGUAAAGUAUCUUUCUAUUACCGCAUACACUGGAUACAGACUUUCUUUCCACGGUCCUCCGAGGCUGUUGUACACUUUAUUGCCUACGUACAAUAUUAUAUCUCCUUGUUUACGCCUUUAAUUUAGUUUCCUAAAUUAUUUUUUAACGUACUAAUAACAGACAUACCAGUAAAGAAAAAAAACAAAAAGAAUCACUCUCGCUACAAUUGUGUAUAGUCUUGAAAUUAUUGAACUAUUCUAUAUAAAUGUUUGGAAAAGUGCAACGAGAUAUUGAUACAUCUUC